CUUCUUUCUUUACUUUUUUUUACAUUAUACUUUUUUUUUAAUAUUCAUUAAACCCAUUCCUUUCUUUUAUUCCCUUCUUCCUCUUUCCUCCUCCUUCCCUUCUUUUAUCAAUAUAAUAAACAAAACAAAAAAAAAAGAUAUGCUUUCUUCUAUUCUCUUCUUUGUCUCUUCUUUCUUCUUUUACGUAUCUGCCUUACCACUUCAAAAAGACGAACAAACUAUUCUAUCAUCACCACAAGUUGACUUGAAGCCCUAUGUUAUUCCUUCAACUCCUAUCAACUCUUAUAUGCUUUCAAAUAGUUUGACCGAUUACUAUGAAAGUAUUGUAGAUCAAGUUAUGGAAACUACCAUUGACGAUAUUAUCAGUUCUGCUCCUCAUUCUUAUACCUUACUCUAUCCUGACCAUGUGAAUGAUUGUCAAGCUUCGUUAUGCCCCUUUAUCCAUGCGCUUCGUGAUCAUCUCAAUUUUAUGAGAGCCAACUUGAUUGCUUCUGUACGCCCACUUGUGGAUUCCAAUUUACCAGCUUUACCUUUGAAAAUGACAUCAUCUACCAACAACAACAAAUAUAAAACAAAAAAUGAUGAUCAUCUUGCCAGUACAGCACAUGCCAUCGCAAGUCAAUUGACAGAAACAUUGACUGUAUUGAAUCAACGAAUGUCUAUUCAAUUGGGAUUAAUUGUUAACGCCAAGGAAGCUGCUGAUAUUAUUAUUCGUCAAUCAGUACCAUUCACCAAUUCAGAAAAACAACAACCUCGUCAUCGUCGUCGUCGUAUUCGUCUUACUAUAUCAUCAUCAUCAUCGUUUACUACAUCAUGGAAUUCCGAUGAAUCUGAUUAUUAUAACGAAAGACAACAAUCCGAUGCAACCAAGGCUAUGACUGAAUGGUUACAUCUAUGGCUGUCCGAAAUCGAAAGUAUUUUAUAUGCUCAAUUUGACGACCGUAUUCAAGAUGUUAGCCAAUCCAUCAUGGAGGACUUUUUGAUAGAAGAUUGAUUUAUCCCAACUCAUUGAUUCCUUAUAUAUAUUCUUUUACAUCUGCAUCUUCCAUCUCUUCUCACCAUUUUACUUUGAUUAGUUAGUUCCUAUCUACAUAGUUUAGUAAAUUACUUUGAUAUCAUACCCAUCCAUCUCUCUCUCUCUCUCUCUCUCCCCCCUCCUAUUUAUUUACUUUUUUUUUUUUUGUUAGUUUGAGUUCCGUUCUUUUAUAUCGUUAUUUUGAUCGAUAC